ACCUCCUACGAUACAUUAAACGCUAAAGCAAAGUUGCCAUUUAGCCCAAUUACCACUUGUAAUGGUAAGAAUAAAAAUUUAUGCACUAUUUACAUCUAGCUAGCAUGAAGUUUGUCUGGUGUGUCGUCGUGUCAUUUUACUGCAAGAUGGGAAGCAGUACUAAUAGUUGAGUACGGACGACGUGUGGUGUGUGGCCAUGAUGGAGCAAAACACUAGCCAUGGUGUGGUAUGGUGUGAUCAAACUGCAUACAUCAAGUCAUGGAGAUGGUGACCAAAUUCGUCCAGCAAACAAACAACAACAGUUUUAGAGUGGUGUGAGAUGCAGGAUUUGAAGAGAUGGCCAGCCGACAUCUGCGUUGUUUCUGCUUUGGACUGGUGUUAUCAUCUAUUACAUGGGCUAUCAUCAUUUAUAUGUUUUUAGCUGAAGUAAGUCAACGUGAACAUGAUGCUGUACAAGGCAGCAGGCGUUUUCCCCAUCGAUUGGUCAUCAACCAUAAACUUACAAACAAUAUAGAAUUACCAGCUGAAGAACUUUCCAAAAAUGAUGUUUACGAUGACUUUAUUAACAAAAACAUGAUAAUUAGGAAAGUGAACAUUUCGAAUGACCUAAACCCAAAACAAGGUAUCAGCCUGAAAGAUAGUGACAUUACGGAUUUGGGAAUAAUAAAAACAGAUGGAGAUAGACAAUUGCGUGAUGAAGGAUUCAGAAAACAUGCUUUUAACGAGCUUGUCAGUAUGCGAGUGGGUUAUCAUCGUAAUGUCACAGACACUCGAAAUCCUUUAUGUAAAUACAAGGUAUACUCAACAGAUCUUAGUGCAAGAGUAAGUGUGAUAAUUUGUUUCUACAAUGAAGCAUGGUCCACUUUGCUACGCACUGUGUAUAGUGUACUGGAUAGGACUCCAAGGAAUCUCAUUCAUGAAAUCAUUUUGCUGGAUGAUUUCAGUGAUUUUGACCAUUUGAAAAAUAAACUUGAUGAUUAUGUUUCUGCAAAUUUGUCUCCACUGGUAAGAGUACUUCACAAUGAUCAGAGGGAAGGUUUGAUCAGGGCACGCACCAUUGGAGCAAGGCUAGCUACAGGAGAUGUACUCAUGUUUUUAGACAGUCAUUGUGAGGUUAAUGAGAAAUGGUUAGAACCUCUUCUUGUGCGCAUUCAGAGUGAUAGACACAAGGUGGUGUGUCCCAUCAUUGAUAUAAUAAACUCAGAUACAUUUACCUACCAAGCAUCACCAAUGGUUAAAGGUGGAUUCAACUGGGGUUUGCAUUUUAAAUGGGAGAAUCUUAAUAGCAGUUUGUUGAAGGGCAAGGAAGAUUACGUCAAGCCAUUCAGCUCACCUACAAUGGCAGGAGGGUUGUUCGCCAUAGAUCGUUUGUACUUCCAUCAACUUGGGGCAUAUGAUGAAGGAAUGGAUGUAUGGGGUGGAGAAAAUCUAGAAAUAUCCUUUAGGAUCUGGCAGUGUGGAGGUUCGCUAGAGAUUGUGCCAUGUUCAAGAGUUGGUCAUGUUUUUAGAAAACGGCGUCCUUAUGGUUCUCCGUCAGGCAAAGAUACUACAUUACGUAAUGCACUAAGAGUAGCACAUGUCUGGAUGGAUGAAUAUAAGGAGUACUUUUUUCAGACAAAUAAAGCAGCACGUGACAAGGAAUAUGGGGAUGUGUCUGACAGGGUCUCUUUGAGAAAGAAAUUAGAGUGUAAAUCUUUCAAGUGGUAUUUAGAGAAUGUUUAUCCAGAGUUACGAUUGCCUAACGACACCAGCAGUCUAGGAGUUAAUAGUGCUUGGCGUACACACAAGAGACCACCACUGGCAAUACGCAAAGGACUGAUUCACCAUAUCUCAACAGCAUUGUGUAUGGUAGCUCAAACCUCAGCCAUGCAGAAAGGAAGUAAGCUCGUAUUGCAAAAAUGUAACAGAAGAGAUAAAAACCAGCUAUGGUAUGAGAGUCAAACUAAUGAGCUGCGCCUUGCUGAUUCUUUAUGUCUUGAUAUGCCUGAGAGUAAUAGUGCUGCAUUACCAAGAUUGAUGAAAUGUCAUGGAUCAGGAGGCUCACAAACAUGGAAAUUGCAAAACCAGAUGCUUUACCACCCCAGCACAGGACAAUGUCUGGUCAAUAAGUAUGACAUGCAUGUCAUCUAUGCAGCUCUUCAUAUAUGCAAUGAUGCAGAAGACCAGAAGUGGAUACUACAGACAUGACAAACACAAUUCCAUUCCAAUCACACUGGAGGAACACAACAUGCCUUAUGAUAUUACUUUAUUCAGUUGCUACUGGUGUGUUGUUAUGCUGUACACCAAAAGCACAAGUUACAUGAAGGUGGUUCACAUUGCAGUACAACCCCAUUUUAUAACUGACAGUGGAACAAGAAAACAAUUUGUAUAAUAAUAGUAAAAACUAGUUUUAUAUAGUGCGUUUCACACCCGAAAGGCAUCACAAAGCACUUCCAACAUUAUUACCCGUGGUCACUGGGUCAUUUAAUUUUUUCAUUAAACCAUCUCAUUUCCCUGAGGGGUAUACAGCCUCUGCUGCCAAAUGUGUAGCGCUAAUCAAUCACAAGAACCAUCUCUGCCCUCGCAGGUACCCAUUUACCCUUGGGUGGAGAAAAGCUUAUGGUUGUUAGUGUCUUGCUCAGGGACAUGACCGGGAUUCCAAGCCAGACUCUGCUGAUCAGAAACACCAGAGCUUGAGUUCGGUGCUCUUACUCGCUCGGCCACGACAUCCUAAGUGUCAUGAAGACCUUCUCAAAUUGUUAAAAUGCUGUAUAAAUUGCAGAACUGAAAUCAUUGUUGAAAUGUAGCUUUUUUUGAUAGUUAUUUUGUUCUUUUUAUUUGUACACAUACUGUAACAUGUACAUAUUUGGUUUUAGUCCUUAAAUGGAUGUGUAUUAAGCAAUGUGUAUUCAGUACUUUCCCGAUUUUUUGUGGGGAUAAAAAUACAGACAUGUAGCUUGGGAUGAAGUUUUUAUAAACAUGUACUCAGAAUGCUUUUGUCAACACAGCACAUUUCCAUUGACUAAGCUAAGACCGUCCAGUUAGUUAUCAUGGUUACUUACGGCUAUAUAGCCGGCAUAACUGACUUAUCUUAGACUACUGACUUAGACCAUUUAAUAGACUGAUUGCGCUGCCAAUGUUUACAUGUGAUCACGUGACCUAUAGUUGGUAUAGUAAAAUACAGCUACACAGUUGAGACAUGGGAAGACUCGUACGGAUUUAACUAAGAACGGAGCCCUUUUAUAAAGUUGAAUAUUGUGACAUUGAUUUAAAUCACACUUGCUGUUUGAUGUUCCCAGUUUUCUACUACAAAAGAGGUUUCUUUUGAGAGUAUGGCUAGACUACGUAAAUUACUGAGGUUUGAGCGAGCUCAUGUGCCGUAGAUUUUGCGUUGUGCAUGGCGUGAAGUUGGGCUGUGAUGAGGGAGAUCGCGAAUUGUCCGACUCAUAGCUGACGGCUACUCCUUCUAAUCAAAUAAUUUGGGGGUGAAAAUAAAGGGAUUUGCAGCUUCUUAAUGAGAUUUUUAUUGAAAAUAUUGG